UAAAAAUAACACAACAAGACACAGACACACACACACACACACACACAAACAAACAUGAAGUCUCUGCGCUUCCUGGCGUCGGAGGCGUUGGUGGCGAGCGAGUGGAGCGCGGCGGAGGAGAGUCUGAGGACUUUGUCCCUGCCCUUGUACCCGGCGGUCUUCAAGGCAUGUUACCUGCACGAGGAGGCACACCUGCUGAGGGCUUUGGUGCGCACCUGGCCGCUGGCAGAGCUGCACCUGCAAAGGCUGCUGGGAAGGACGGCCGACUGUCACACCGACCUGACCUCACGCACCUGUCGCACCUGCCUGGACGCCAUCUUCGCCGGACUGCAGGACUACGUGUUGUCCCCGCCCACCACAUACUCCAAAGUCCUGCGCGUGGUGGACCUGACGGCCCUGAGAGACGUGGAGCAGCAGGCGUGCCCGUGCGGGACCACCAUGGGCCGCUGGGCUCGCACCCAGCAGCUGGCCAAGGUGUGCGAGGAGACAGCGGCGGCCAUGCAGGCGGGCGAGGUGCGGGACAUGUCCAUCCAGGUGAGGCUGCACGGCUUGGUGACGGGCCGCAGCUACCAGCAGGUGUCGCAGGCCUUGCUCCUGCACCGCCUCUGUCCCCUCAAGAUCCACUUCCUGGGCUUCCGGGCAGACUCCCUGGCGCCCCGGCAGUUCUUCUACAUCCUGGGACUGGCCCGGCCCCAACUCAUCACCUCCCUGGAGGUGGUGCACAAUGUCCCGCUGGAGGCCGCUCACCUGGAGGUGCUGCUCUCCCAGGUGGACUUCCCCCGGCUGCACUCCCUGGUGCUGCCUGCGGGGGCGCUGGAUGUGAGGAGGCUGGGCGCAGAUGAGGAUGACAUCCUGGCCACGCUCGGACACCUGCUGGCUCGACUCACCUGCCUCACCCGCCUCUCGCUGGGAUUCUCCGUGCUCACUGGACACAUACGCAGGCUGCUCAGUCCUCUCCCCACAGCUCUUGAAAGUCUGGAGUUGGCUAACUGCUGCCUGAGCCGGGUGGACAUGACCUACCUGUCCAACAGCCUGCACAGUGAGAACCUGGUCCAGCUGGACCUGAGCGGACACCAGGUCACGGGCGCCCUGGCCGCUCCCUUCCACAAGCUGCUGGGCCGCUGCUCGCCCACGCUGGCCACGCUGGUGCUGGAGGAGUGCGGCGUGGAGGACGCCCACGUGGACGCCCUGGUGGGCGCGCUGAGCCGCUGUCGGGCGCUGGAGGAACUCAAGCUGCUGGGCAACCCUCUGACCUCCCGGGGGCUGCGGGGCAUCUUCUCCGCCUUGUCCGCUGACUUCCCCAAGCUGAGGUACGUGGAGAUCCCGGUGCCCCGCGAGUGCUACCCGGAGGACGCCGUCUACCCGCUGGACGACGCCGUGCUUCUGCGGUACGACCGGGCCCUCUUCCAGGAGGUCCGGGAGCAGCUGCUGGGGGUCCUGGCGGGCGCCGGGAGAGGCGGCGUGGAGGUGUGCACGCCGCUGAUGGGCGUCUAUGACGCAGACCUCAAGGAGACCAGCAACGAGCUGGGGGUGUCCUUGCUCAAGUCCUUCCACGCGGUGGUGGACAACUUCCUGGGCACGGUCACGGAGGUGGACCAGCGGAGGGGCCAGAAGAACUGAACGUGUGACUACUUCUACAAACCCUGCUUCCUCACGAGUUGGGAAAUUGUGUUCGAUGUAAAUAUAAACAGAAUACAAUGAUUUGCAAAUCCUUUUCAAGCCAUAUUCAGUUGAAUAUGCUACAAAGACAACAUAUUUGAUGUUCAAACUCAUAAACAUUUUUUUUUUUUUUGCAAAUAAUAAUCAACUUAGAAUUUCAUGGCUGCAACACGUGACAAAGUAGUUGGGAAAGGGCAUGUUCACCACUGUGUUACAUCACCUUUUCUUUUAACAACAGCGGUAUAGCUCGGUUGGUAGAGCGGCCGUGCCAGCAACUUGAAGGUUGCAGGUUCGAUUCCCGCUUCCGCCAUCCUAGUCACUGCCGUUGUGUACUUGGGCAAGACACUUUACCCACCUGCUCCCAGUGCCACCCACACUGCUUUAAAUGUAACUUAGAUAUUGGGUUUCACUAUGUAAAGCGCUUUGAGUCACUAGAGAAAAGCGCUAUAUAAAUAUAAUUCACUUCAAUAAAGGUUUGGGAACUGAGGAAAGAAUUCUUUCCCAUUCUUGUUUUAUGUAGAGCUUCAGUCCUUCAACAGUCCGGGGUCUCCGCUGUCCUAUUUUACGCUUCACACAUUUUCCAAGGGAGACAGGUCUGGACUGCAGGCGGGCCAGGAAAGUACCCGCACUCUUUUACUACAAAGCCUUGCUGUUGUAACACGUGCUGAAUGUGGCUUGGCAUUGUCUUGCUGAAAUAAGCAGGGGCGUCCAUGAAAAAGACGGCGCUUAGAUGGCAGCAUAUGUUGUUCCAAAACCUGUAUGUACCUUUCAGCAUUAAUGGUGCCUUCACAGAUGUGUAAGUUACCCAUGCCUUGGGCACUAAUGCACCCCCAUACCAUCACACAUGCUGGCUUUUACACUUUGCGCCUAUAACUGUCUGGAUGGUUUGCUUCCCCCUUUGGUCCGGAUGACACGACAUCAAAUAUUUCCAAAAACACUUUGAAAUGUGGACUCGUCAGACCACAGAACACUUUUCCACUUUGCAUCAGUCCAUCUUAGAUGAUCUUAGGCCCAGAGAAGCCGGCAGCGUUUCUGGAUGUUGUUGAUAAAUGGCUUUUGUUUUGCAUAGUAGAGCUUUAACUUGCACUUACAGAUGUAGCGACCAACUGUAUUUAGUGACAGUGGUUUUCUGAAGUGUUCCUGAGCCCAUGUGGUGAUAUCCUUUAGAGAUUGAUGUCGGUUUUUGAUACAGUGCCGUCUGAGGGAUGGAAGAUCACGGUCAUUCAAUGUUGGUUUCCGGCCAUGCUGCUUACGUGGAGUGAUUUCUCCCGAUUCUCUGAACCUUUUGAUGAUAUUAUGGAGCGUAGAUGUUGAAAUCCCUAAAUUUCUUGCAAUGUCACUUUGAGAAAGGUUGUUCUUAAACUGUUUGACUAUUUGCUCACGCAGUUGUGGACAAAGGGGUGUACCUCGCCCCAUCCUUUCUUGUGAAAGACUGAGCAUUUUUGGGAAGCUGUUUUUAUAGCCAAUCAUGGCACCCACCUGUUCCCAACUAGCCUGCACACCUGUGGGAUGUUCCAAAUAAGUGUUUGAUGAGCAUUCCUCAACUUUAUCAGUAUUUAUUGCCACCUUUCCCAACUUCUUUGUCACGUGUUGCAGCCAUGAAAUUCGAAGUUAAUUAUUAUUUGCAAAAAAUAAAAAAUAAAGUUUAUGAGUUUGAACAUGAAAUAUGUUGUCUUUGUAGCAUAUUCAACUGAAUAUGGCUUGAAAAUGAUUUGCAAAUCAUUGUAUUCUGUUUAUAUUUACAUCUAACACCAUUUCCCAACUCAUAUGGAAACGGGGUUUGUACUACGUCAAUGACGACUUCUGCCACGCCAAUAAAGACAACACCACCUUUCCAAAUGCA